UCUGCCCGCUCAAACAGUUGCAGGAUGUCGAUUACAGAAUUGCUCAGCGCUGAGGACAUCAAGAAGGCAGUGGGGGCCUUUACCGCUGCCGAGUCCUUUGACCACAAAAAGUUCUUCCAAAUGGUCGGCCUGAAGAAAAAAUCUGCAGAUGAUGUAAAGAAGGUCUUCCACAUCCUGGAUAAAGACAAGAGUGGCUUCAUUGAGGAGGAUGAGCUGGGAUCCAUCCUAAAGGGCUUCUCCUCAGAUGCCAGAGACCUCUCUGCUAAAGAAACCAAGACACUGCUGGCCGCUGGAGACAAGGAUGGAGAUGGGAAAAUUGGGGCCGAAGAAUUCUCCUCUCUGGUGGCUGAAAGCUAAGAAAUGCUGGCUGCACCAGCCUUCCACCUCUCUGCCCCAAACACCUAUCUCAGCCCCUCUCACCACCCUCCUUCUUUUCUGUUCAGUUUGUUUAUGUUAUUUUUUACUCCUCCCGUCCCCUGCGGCCCUCAUAUAACACCGUUCUUCUGGAAAAUGCUGGAGAAAUAAUAAAGGCUGUACCAAUC